GGCAUCCUGCUGAGCUGGACCAAAGGAUUCAACGCCUCAGGCUGCGUGGGGCAGGACGUGGUGAAGCUGCUCCGGGAGGCUCUGAAGCGCAGAAAUCACUUUGCGCUGGAUGUGGUUGCCAUAGUGAACGACACCGUGGGAACCAUGAUGUCGUGUGGCUACGACGACCUCAACUGUGAGGUCGGCCUCAUUGUGGGCACAGGCACCAACGCCUGCUACAUGGAGGAGCUGCGGAACGUGGGCACCCUGGCGGGGGAGGAGGGGCGGAUGUGCAUCAACAUGGAGUGGGGGGCGUUCGGCGACAACGGCUGCCUGGAUGCAUUCUUCACCCCCUUCGACAGACAGGUGGACGAGGCCUCGCUGAACCCCGGCAGGCAGAGGUUCGAGAAGCUCAUCAGUGGUAUGUAUCUGGGCGAGAUCGUCCGGCGCAUCCUGCUGGAGCUCACAGCCAAGGGGUUCCUGUUCCGAGGCCGCCCGUCCCCCAAGCUCCAGACCCCGGACAUCUUCCAGACCAAGUUCCUGUCGUCCAUCGAGAGCGACGGCCUGGCCCUGCGGCAGGUGUGCACCAUCCUGGAGGAGCUGGGGCUGCACGUCACCGGCGAGGACAGUGUGCUGGUGCGGGAGGUGUGCCAGGCGGUGGCCCGGCGUGCGGCCCAGCUCUGCGGGGCAGCCGUGGCUGCUGUGGUGGAGAAGAUCCGGGAGAACCGGGGCCUGGAGCAGCUCGCGGUGACGGUGGGCGUGGACGGGACGCUCUACAAGCUGCACCCACAGUGA